AUGAGCGGCGUCUCUCACGCGACACCCAGCCGCGGCGUGCUGAUGGGCAACGGAUCCGAGCCCAACCGGCGAAACGGAACUAUCGGUGUGUCUCCUGCUAAGCUGGCGAAGACGGCGGAUGCAGGUUUGAAUGGACAAAUGAGUGAUGUUCCCCAAAAUAACGUGCUUAUAAGGAGCGGUGGUAAUGAUUCUAGUGGUGGGAAGGGCCGAGCGUUAAAGAAGUCAGGUUCCUUGACCGUUGGAAGCGAUCCAGUGGCAACGCAAAAGUCGCAGGCCCAGUCGCAGGUGGCGUCGCAGCUGUCAUCGCAAGUCCUGCCGCAGUCGCACAUCCACGCCAUGGACGGAAAUAGAUUACUGUCGCAGUCGUCGGGGCUAAGACUGGCUGAGCUCUACGCAUUGGCGAUGCAGCAGAAACAGGAAACCCAUAGCGAUGGAAAUGGGGACAUGGGAGGUGGUCAAGGGGAUGAGGAACCCGAAAGAUCAGCGGAUUUGUACAGUAAUGACCUUGGGUUCCGUGCGAGCGAGGCUGAUACGAGACCGGUAUCUUCUGGGCAGGUGCAUCAGGAGCCGAAGACCCUGGCGAGGCAGCAACAGGUUUCCCUGCUUAUGCAGCAGUCGCAGCAGCAGUCGCAGUCGCAGGGGCAGUCACCGGCGCAUUCGCAGCAGCAUCGCCGUUCCCCUUCACCCUUCCUUCGCCAGGAGCCGCAAGGGGAUGCAUCGGUACAAGUCCAUGCGCAGCAGUCGGGAGGGCGGAAAAGCGGAGAAGGCGGAACAGAGGCACCUGAACGGGCAGUCACCUCAGCAGCUGAACGGGUGGCACGAGUCGAUCUGACAGCAGGCGGUGCCGUUGCAACAGCUGCAGCAGGAGGCAGAGCAGCGGCCGGCUUCCCCAGCACAGCCAGCAUUGGGGAGGUGGUCCCGGAGGCAGAUCGUAGAGCAGCAGGACGGACAGGAGGGGCGGGAGGGGUAGGAGGGACCGGAGGGACAGGAGUGGUACGAGGGGCUGGAGGCGUAGGAUUGACAUCAGAGGCAUCAUUAGGCGGAGGAGCCACAGGAGGAGUUGCAACAGGUGCGGAAUUGUACAAAGAGGUGGAAAUGGUGGUGGACAGGGGGCGGUCGCACCUGCUGUCCGAAGCAGCACGGGCGAAGCACGACGCAGCGAGGCUGAGAGCUGACGUGUGGCACAUGUGGCGGGAGGUGGCGAGAGCUAAAGAAGACGUGGCACGGGCGCGGGAAGAAGGGGCGAGAAUGGCAGAGAAAGCAGCAGGGUCGUUAGAGCAGGCAGCCGUUGCACUGGAGCUUGCAGCAGCCUGCGAACAUGCAGUGGGGGCUUGUGUGGCGAAAGAAGGGGAUGGGAGCGCUGGGAUUCGCGUGGUUGUAAGAGUUGACAAUGUUGUGGGUGCAGGGUCGUUCGGGGGAGGUCCAGCAGGAACGGGAGCCACCUCCACUCCCUCGUCGGCAGCUUCCUCACCACGGUCCCUCCAUGCCGAGCCGUUUGGUUCGGCCGUACGUGGCUCGUCGGGUCGGGGAAGCGGUGGUAGUGGUGUUGGGCUAGGGAGCGGCCCUGGGAGCAACAGUAGCAGGCCUGGUAGUGCGUCCAGUCGCCCCGGCAGUGGGAGAAUGAGAUUAGUUGCAGGGGGGGGUAGUGCCGGCAGUGGUGUCAUGGGGAGUGGGAGUGAGGGUGCGUUUCAGCAACAAACGCAGCAGGUGCUGGUAGUACAUCAAAGGUCUCACUCGCAGCAGCAGCAGCUUCUGCGGCUGCAGCAACAACAGCAGCAGCUGGGAAACAGCAUUGCUUCGUCCGGACCUGCUGCCCAGGCUUGGCCGAGCCACAAGAGACCUGGUAGUUGUGACGGCUAUCUCUCGUCCAAUCAGACGUCUCCGCGAGCUGACUCGGUGGCGGACGUAGGAGAUUCUGAUGGCAGUGAUGCCAAGGGGUUGGAGGGUUCUGUGGCUGGUGCGGGAAGUGGUGAUCUCUCUGCCGUUGCUUCUUCUGCUGCUACAUCUGGAGCAGCGGCAGGAGCCCCUGCAGUACGCCGGAUAUCCUCCGCUGUAGGUAUGGGAGCAGCAGGUUCGGGAGGCGCUGGCCGGUCUGGUCCGGGUUCAGGCCCGAUUGCGGUUCGGGGAAGUCGGGUUUUAAGGAAGAUCAGUACCUCUCCAAUGAGAGUCUUGCAAGCUGUCAACUUGCCCCCUUCGGGGUCAGCAGCAGCAGGGGCCGCUCCAGGGGCAGUGGUGGGAGCUGCUUGGGCAGAUGGAGGAGGAGUUAUUGGAGGAGGGCGAGGAGGGGGGCUUAUGGGUAAAACACGGGGGGCGAGCAACAGUGUUCCUGUUCCUCCUGCUGCUGCUGCCGGUUCUGCUGUUGCUGGUGGUUCUGUGGGUUCUGCUGCUGCUGGCGGUGGUUCUGGUGGCGGGACAGGGGCAGGUUUGGGCCGUGGAGUGGGCAGUGCUGCAGUUGCUGCUGGGAGUGCGGGAGGCAGAGGUGCCACGCGAGGGGUGGCUGGAAGAGGAGGGCUGGCGGUGGGUGGUAUGAGUGGCGGUGGAGGGGGGGUUGGAGGAGGAGGGGGCGGAGGAGGGGGAGGAGUAGGGGGAGGAGGAGGUGGAGGAGGAGGGGCAGGAGUAGUAAGCAGGCCUGGCAGCUCUGGUAGUAUGCGGAGCAUGGGCAGGGGAGGAGGCGACAGGGGAGCUGCGGAGGUAGGAGUAGGAGGAGGAGGAGGAGGAGGAGGAGGAGGAGGAGGAGGAGGAGGAGGAGGAGGAGGAGGAGGAGGAGGAGGAGGAGGAGGAGGAGGAGGAGGAGGAGGAGGAAGGAUGAUGGUGAAAUCUGGAAGUCUCUCUGGCAGGACGCCUCCUAGUGCUCAUGACUCGGUGGCUCGUAGCGACAGCAGCAGAAGCGAGGAGCAGAAGAUGCCAAGACAAGCAGGCCCUCCCACAGGUGGUGCGCCUGUCAUGAGUGCAGAGGUCACAAAGGUGGUGAACCGUGCAGGUCCCAGUGAUGCUGAUGCCGCUGCUAGCGCUGCUGUUGCAGCUGCAGGUUCAGAAAGCGGAGGAGGGGAGAACAGAGGAGGAGGGGGAGGAGGGCAAGCAGGAGGGGUGGAAAAUGUGGGAAAGCAAGGUGCCGUCGUAGCUGCAGCAUCAAGGGAAUCAGCAGGAAUGGUUGGAGCUGCCACGGGGGCAAGUGCAGGAGCAGCAGUGGGGGGAACAGCAGGCACAGGUGGGUCUGGGAUGGUAAUGCAGAUGCCUCUGCCACAUGUGACUGGGGGAGUAGCAGCAGGGUCUGCUGCUGGUGCUAGCGCAUUAGGGUAUGGGAUGUAUGGAGGUACGGGUACUGCUGGUGCAGGUGCAGCAGGGGCAGGGAGGGGAGGUGGUGGUAGUGGUGCUGGUGCUGGUGAUAUGAACCACCCCUUUCACCGCUCCACGUCCCUUGGUGUCUCAGAAGGCAGGCUAAUGGCCAGAGCAGCAGCGUAUGGAGGUGCCAUGAUGCGCCCUCCCAUGCACGCCAUGCCCAUGCCUGCUCAUGCCGCCGCUGCUGCCGGUGGAGCAAUGGGAGCAGCCGCUGGUUCUGCUGCUCCUGGAAUGGCUGCUGCUGCAGCAGCAGCAGCAGCGCCAGGAGGAGCGUUCUGGCAGCGGUCUAUGUCCUCUGCGCAUCAGCACAUGCACGCGAUGCAGUAUGGCCAUUUGCCGGUGCCCCUGGGUCCUCUUGGCUUCCCCACAGGCCAUUCUGCCGCGUCAUUGCUGCGCCAUGGUAGUGGACAGUUCUUCCAGCCAUACCCUGUAGGGGCGUUCCUACCACCCGGUACCUCUGCUGCUGCUGCUAAUCCCUCUGCUGCUAAUGCCGCCGCCGCAGCUGCUGCUGCUGCUGGUGCUACUGCUGCUGGUGCUGGUGGUGCCGCUGCAGCUUCUAGCACUGGUUCGGCAGCAGCGGGCCAUUCUGAAGCACCAGGGCAUACAGCCAACCAUGCGCAGCCACCCUCCGGCACCUCUGCUGCUGCUGCAGCCAUGACACAAGGCCUGGCUUGGCAAACCGCGUCCCAAGCCGCUCCUGCUGCUGGUGGCGGUGCUGCUGGUGCUGGUGGUGCUGGUGCUGGUGCUCCGAAUGCUGCAUCUGAGGCAUGGGGAAGGAGCAGCACGAUUGGAGCAUCAAGGCAUGGCUUCAGCUCCGCACACUUGCCGCGUGGCAUGGGUGCGAUGGGUUAUGGGGCAGGUGCGGGCAUGAACGCGAACAUGAAUAUGGGCAUGGGCAUGGGCAUGGGUGGCAUGGGGAUGGGCAUGGGCAAUGGCAUGAAUCUGGCUCGGUCCAUGAGCAUGGAUCCAAUACAAAAGGCCAAAUGGAAGCAGGGCCUGAGGCUGAACAUUCCAAAGGAUGGCAGUGACGAUGAUGGGGAGGGGGGCAAGGCUGCCAUGGGAGGGGCAGCAGCAGCAGCCCAUGCAGCAGCGUCGGCUGGAAGAGCAGCGGCGGCCGCAUCAGCAGUUGCAGAAACGCAGGCAGCAUCCGCAGCAGCGCGGGGAAGAACUGCGGACUCAGCAGCAGGAGAAGGAGCAGGAGCAGGAGGAGGAGGUAGAGGAGGAGGGGGAGCACGAGGCAGUAUAUUCAAGGAUCCUGCGAUCAUCCAACGGCUGGGGGGACUCGCAUCAGGAAGCUCUGCAGCGGCGGCGGGGGGGAGGGGAGGGGUGCAGUUGUUGGGCGUUGGGGGGGAUGGGAACCGGUUGCUGUCACGCGCUCAGAGCUGCAGUGUUGCAGAGCUGGACUUGAUGCCUCCGGAGCUCAUGAAAACCACGUCCUUCCAUGCGCAUAGUGGCCAGGGCAAGGAGUUUUUCCUCCGGCAAGUCACACUCCCCGCACAGCGCACGUCUGCUGCUGAUGAGGUGUCUUCUUCUGCUGCAGGGCCUGCUGCGUCUUUUGAGGCGCCUCUAAAGGCCUCUGCUGCAAGAACUGCUGUGUCGGCUGUGUCUGGUGGUGCUGAUGGUCGUGCUGGGGGAAGGGUGGUCAAAGCAACUAGAUCAGCCAGUAGUGGUGGUGGUGAUGGUGGUGGUGGUGGGGUCAGCAGUGGUGGUGCUAGGACCGUUGCAGCCCUUGCUGCUCCUGCUGGGAAAGCAGCACUACCUGCUGGUACGGUAUCAGCAUCUGGAGCUGCAGCAAACAAGGGCCAAGCGAGCAUAAGAAUGAGGAAAAGUGGCAGCAUUACUGGUAGUAGUAGCAACCAGGGAGGCGGCAGUAAUCGUGAGGGUGGAGGCAGCAGCAGCGCUUUGAAGAGAGCGGAAGGCCAGAACUUAGGGAGAGUUGAGCAGCAGAGGAUGGUUAAAGGGGGGGAAAUAAGGAGAAAAGAGGGAGGCGAGAGAAUGAGGAGGGAUGGAAGUGAGGGGAGAAGUGAAGCUGGAGAGAGUAGGGCAAGAAGCGCAGGCUUCGUACCUGCCUUACCUGCUGAGUCUUCCUCCUCUUUCUCCCCAUCUUCAACAUGCUCCAGCCCCCCUCCUUCUGCACGCAGAGGAAGGAGUGUGAUUGUCGAUCCAGAGGGGAGAGACAGGAGAGGGAUGAGGGAGAAAGCAGUCGGGGCGGUGUCUGGAGUAAGCAGCUCUCUAGGGCAGGCUUUGAGGGGAGGGGGGAGAGGGGCAGGUGGAGGGACAGGGAGGGCUGCAGCAGGCAGUGGAGGCGCAAUCGGUGUUCAGAAUAGAGUGGCAGGAAGGGGAGGUGAGGUGGGUGGGAGAGACAGACCUUCUGUAGAGGACACUGCGUCUUCAUCUUUGCAGUCUGAUUAUGGUGAUGAGGAGGAGGAGCUGGAGGAAGGUGAGGUGCAGGAUGAGGGUGUGAGUGUGGAGGACAAUGGUAGUGACAAUGAUGGGAGAUAUGAAGAUUUAGAAGCUGCAGGGGAAGAUGACGGGGAUGAGGAGGAUGGAGAAGAGGGUGGUGAUGCUGAAGCAAGCGAUGGUGGGGAAGAAUGGGAGGGAGAGGGAAGUAACAGUGAAGCCUCCGCCAACCUCCUUUCCAAACCCAGUUUUGAGGGCGGCAGCUGGGACAACUAUGGCAGCGCCGUCACUUCCGCCUGCUUCCCCCCUUCCGCCUCUGCUGCCCCCUCCGGCCCGCUCCUGGGCACAUGCGGAAUCCGCCUCGCGCCGUCCUGCUCAUCUUCGCCAGGAGACUCCUGCUGGGGCGCCCUGGGUCAGGUGGUUCCAACAGAGCCAGGUGCCAUGUACCAGCUGCAGUUUUACUUUACUGUUCCAGCACCCUCCUCCUCCUCUUCCUCUUCCUCUUCCUCCUCCCUCUACACGCCACCGUUCGAGCUUCAAGUGAAGAUCAGCGGAGCACCAGUGCUCUUCACAUCGGAUUUUACCACCGCCGCAACUGACACUAGCAGCACCAGCAGCCAGAGCAGCGUGGGAGGGUUGGUGCCGGGCCGAUUCGCCAUGGGGUCUGUGCUGUUUGCUGCGGGGGGGACAGGCAACACGAGCAUUGUGUUCCAGGUCAACAGCACGGCCGUCAGCACUAUCAUUGAUGCUGCUGUGCUCACCAGAAUCUACCGCAAUGCUCCUCCCUCCUCCUCUCCUCCUCCCCCGUCCCCCUCCUCGUCCUUCAUCUUUUCCGGCUCUGCUUCUCCCAGCCCUGUCUUUGCAACCAGCCCCACCUCCUUGCGCCUCACACCACCCAUCGCUGCCGCUGCCUCUCCCACUGAUCCUGGCGCUGGUAACACCGGUGGUGGUGACACUAGCGGUGGUGGUAACCCAGCAGGCAGUGAGGGCAACUACUCUCUUCUUUCCACUGGCGCCGCUUUCUUCCCCUUGCCUCUGGACCUUCUCUCUCUCCCACCCAGCCCCCCGCCCUCCUCCUCUUCCUCCUCCUCCUCCUCUGCUUGCUCAUCAAACUCCUUCCUUUCGUCCUUCACUUUCACCGCACUCCCCACACCCACUUCCUCCUCCUCCUCUCCCACGCCCGUGCCCUCUGGUGCACUCUCCUUCACUCUCUCCUCCACGCCAACAACUGGAUCAGGAGCAUCCUCCCUUGCAUUUGCACGCAUGUGCCACGGCCCACCCCCUGCUCCGCCCUCUUUCUCCUCCCCUCCACCCCCUUCCUCCUCCUCCCCCUCCUCCUCACCGUCAUC